AGCAACAUCACCCACACCCUCUCAGACCAAUCCCCAUGGCCACCAAACGCAUCAUAAAAGAACUCGACGCCCACCGCCGCGACCCCUCCCCCGCCCUCUCCCUCCUCGAACCCACCAGCGACGACGACCUCUACAAUCUAACCGCCGAACUCAUCGGUCCAGAAGGGACAGCAUACGAAGGCGGCGUCUGGACCCUCUCCCUCUCCCUCCCCACAAGUUACCCCAACAGCCCACCAACCAUAACCUUCCGCACACCCUGCUGCCACCCGAACGUGUCUUUCAAAACCGGAGAAAUCUGCCUGGACUUGUUGAAGAGUGCGUGGACGCCGGCGUAUGGGAUUGUGAAGACGUUGGAAGCGGUGCAGCAGUUGAUGUCCGCGGGUGGAGAGCCGGAUAGUCCGUUGAAUUUGGAUGUUGCGAAGUUGAUGAGGGGUGGGGAUGUGUUGGGUGCGCAGGCGUUGGUGAGGUUUUAUACGGGGCGGUUUGCUGUGGGGAGAAGAUGAUGGGGAUGAGGAGAGAGAGGCGCGGAUGGUCGUUCCUAAGAAGCUGCUUAAAACAGUCAGGCGAGAAUGAUAUGGC